AUGCUUGUCUGGACCUCUCGGUUGAACUUCUGCCGUGUUCGCCACACUGUUUCUUCCAUGCAAGCACGCAUUGAAGACGCUCUUUCUUUCCUGCGAAGUUCUAGUUUGCCGUCUCCCGACGACCUUGGAACAAAAUUCGACUCGGACUUAACUUCACCAAAACCCAAAAAAGAAAAAUCUCACCAUUUUACGGAAUGCUGCUGCAAAGCACGCUCGCGCUGA